AUGAAUCCAGUGAAUUCUCACGUUUAUAUUGUUGAUGGAUGUGUUUACCGCCGAAACAUUCCAGUUGAACGUAUUUAUGAUCAUGAGCAGAAGCAAGGAAAUGUGAAAGACUUUGACUCGGAUGGAAGUGAUGUAGAUGAAGGAAAUGUCAAUGUUGGUGAGCUUUAAAACACUUUAUUAAUGAUUUUUUUGUGUUUAGAUGCCUAUGAAUAUGAAGAACGCCAGGAAGACCAUGAGGUUGAUGAAAGUGGCAGGAUCUCUUAUGAUUCGGACAAGAAGUCAUGGAUGGGAAAGUAAGUGUAAUAUUUAAAGUUUCAUUUUGAAAUUUAGGGCUUAUGUUCCAGAUUUAUUGAUGGGAAGGUUUAUUGGGACUAAGGCUAUGAAUAAGAAGAAGAUGGAAGAGUCUACGAGAUGUAAUAUUCAAAUACCUCAAAAAGGAUCAAGUUCGCCUGUUGGUAAGAUGGUGAACAUGCUGUUUUAAUCGUUUUUAAGCUCCGAUACAUUUUUUAAAAUCUUAAUUUACUUUAUUUUGUGAUAUUCACUCUUUCAAAGGGUUUUUAUUAAAAUUUCAAAGAAUAAAAGCGCAAAACUCAGAGCUAUAUUAUGUUAUACACCUUUGUUUUUCAGUAAUUUACUCGACGGUCGGCAAGAGCUGUGUGGAAAGUUGUUUGGAUCAAAUUGAGUUGUUUUUGUGUACACAAAGAGAACGAUCAGGCCCUUCUCACUUUGUAUCUUUACCUCUGAAUGUUGAGCCUAUUAUGAGUAAUUAUGAAAAGUUUAAAGAGGAGGUAUCAACGGUGGCUAUUGUAAGUCAUUUGUUUUCGAUUUAAAAAUUCUUUAGAUUGAUCCAAAUAUCUGGGUAUUGAGGGGCAAAUUACACUUGACACUAUCAAUUAUGACAUUGUUUGAUGACAAUGAAGUUGAAAAAAUUGGGAAGAGGAUUGAUGAACUGGUUGAGACUAAAAUAAGGUAAUUCUUUGUGAAUUUUUCAACAAUUUUGUUUGAAAAGUUGUUAUUUAUAUUUAAAAGUCUUAUUUCUAGGGCGCUACUCAAAAACAAGCCGAUGAAAGUGAGUAUCAAAGGUCUAGGACACUUUGGAGAUGAGGAUGGUACAGAAACCAGAGUUUUAUUUGCAAAACCAAGUGGGGAUAAGUUGAAUGAGGUUAGGAAGUUGGUUUACGAUGCGUUACGGGAAAUGGAUUUGGGUAAAAAGAUCAAAAAUGAUGGAACGGUAUUACACAUGACUUUGGCAAAAGUCUGGAGUAAGGAGGUAGGUGUUAUAUUAUGUGAUAGUACGGAGGAUUUUGUAUUUUAUUGUAAAAGUAAAGUUAAUUAGUUUUUAUAACAGGGUAGAUUUCAUUUUUGCUAGAUUUAUAACGUAGGUGCUAAUUAAUUUUGUGGUAGCCGUACUGUGAUGGUAGUACUGUAGUCUUACGUUACCUUGCAGUAACCCUUACUUUUGAUUUGGUUCUAUUUCAAUUUAUCGUACCCUGACUUAUUUUAUAUUAUCUUGCUCUACACUGCUUUACUGUACUUUACCUACUUCCCUGUACCUUACUUUAACCUACCCAUCCUACUCUACUGUAUCGUACUCUAUCCUAUUCUUUUCUACUCUAACCUUUCUUUUCUACUCUAUCCUACCUUACCCCACUUUGCUGAACAUACAUGCUUUACAGAAAUUAUUCUAUCUUACAUUACCCUAACCUUUGUUACAGUAAUCUUCAAUACCGUUAUUACGGUAUUUUGUCUGUUUUAGUCUUACCUUACUCUGUACUCUUUAACUACACAAUAAUAAGGUGAAAAUUGAAAUAAAAUUUUAAAUUCUUACGUAACCCUGCUACUCCUUCUUCUACGGCGUUCGUAUAAUCGUAUACGACGGAAAAAAGGCAAGUUAAAAGAAAAGCCGAACCAUUAGCUGGUCACAUUCUUUUGUCAUGAUUCACAUUAUUCCCCUUUCCGUCUGUAAUUACCACGUUUUUCAGCAAGUGUUCGAUACCUCCGAGGUCUUGGCGAAGUUUGCAAACUUUGACUUUGGCUGCGUCGACGUGGCUGAACUCCGCAUUUGCUUAAUGCACCAGCUCGAUUCCAAUAGUGGAACUUAUCAAAUUAGUUACGUUUCCUUGCUUUCUUGA